AUGUGGAAGGAAGAAAUUUUCGAGGAAAUCCUGAGUUUCAAAGGAGAAUGCUUUCUUGGGGUGAAGUUGAGAUGCAAAGAUUUAUCAUUUUACGUGAUAAAUGUUUAUUCAUCCUGCUUUUUAUCUCAAAAGAAAAAGUUGUGGGCAGACUUGAUAAAGUUGAAGGCAAAGUUCGCGGAUGCAGACUGGGUAGUGGCGGGUGAUUUCAAUGCGGUUGCGUCGGCGCUGGAAAGGAAGGGGACUUCAAAUAUUGCUCGCAAUUCUGAGAUUAAAGGUUUCAAAUCUUUUCUGGAAGAAUUGAAUCUUGUCGACGUACCUCGUAAAGGUAAGCAGUUCAGUUGGUACAGUGGGGACGGCACGACUUGUAGCAGGAUCGAUAGGUUCUUGUUAUCCCAAGGUCUGAUAGCUGAAUGGGGAAUAGUUGGGCAAUUCAUAGGAAGUAGGGAUGUUUCUGACCAUUGUCCGCUUUGGUUAGUGGUGGAAAAGGAGAAUUGGGGCCCGAAACCGUUUAUUUUCAACAAAGGGUGGUUCGACAACAAUCUGUUUUUAGAUUUUGUUGAGGGAGAGUGGGCGAAACUUCACAUUCAAGGAAGGGGAGAUUUCAUUUUGAAGGAGAAAUUGAAAGCUUUGAAAGGCAGCCUAAAAAGAUGGAACAUUGAUGUUUAUGAGAAGGGUUAUGAAGGAGAGAAGGAGGAGAAACAACAUCGGUUGGUUAAAUUCGGAGGGGGAUUAAUCAAGGAGAUAGGUGAGAUUAAACUUGAGGUUUGGAGGCAUUUCUCCAAAAAGUUUGAAGAAGAGGAAUUAGAUAGACCGAUCCCUGAGGGAGUGGAUUUCAAGCUUUUAUCUCGGAUUCAAGCUGAUGGGUUGGAGGCUCCUUUUUCGGAGGAAGAAAUUAGAGAAGAGGUUUGGAGCUGCGACGGUUCCAAAAGCCCUGCUCCCGACGGUUACACCUUCGCGUUCAUACGUAAGUGUUGGUCCUUCUUGAAAUCUGAUUUCAUCAGGUUCUUUUCUGACUUUCACAAGUAUGGUAUUCUGGCAAAAUCUAUUACUUCCUCUUUCCUCACUUUAAUCCCUAAGUUUGAAUGUCCUUUAAGCUUAGACGAUUACCGUCCUAUUUGCCUUGUGGGAUGCUUGUAUAAAUGCCUUGCUAAGCUUCUCGCAUCUAGGCUGAAAAGGGUGUUGAGCGUUUUGGUUUCUGACUGUCAGACGGCUUUUGUCCCAGGCAGACAACUUCUGGACGGCGUGAUAGUAGCUAACGAAAUUGUGGAUUAUGCUAAAAAGGAAGAGAAGAAUUUUUUGCUUUUCAAGGUUGAUUUCGAAAAAGCGUACGACAGGGUGAGUUGGGGUUUUUUGAGGUACUUAUUGGCUAGAAUGGGGUUCGGUGCUGUUUGGAGGAAGUGGAUGGAAUCUCUAGUUUUCAACAGUCAUAUGUCUGUGCUUGUCAACGGCAGUCCGACUAAGGAGUUCAAAGUCUCGAGGGGGUUAAGACAAGGAGACCCGCUGUCUCCUUUUCUGUUUGUUCUAGUGGCGGAGGGGUUGUCGGGUCUGGUUAGGAGAGCUUCGGAAGUGGGGAAUUUCAGGGGCAUUAAUAUCAGAGGAGAAUGUAAGGUGAAUAUCCUGCAAUACGCAGAUGAUACGAUUCUGGUGGGAGAUGGAAGCUGGCAGCACAUAUGGGCUAUGAAAUCUGCGCUUAGAGGGUUUGAACUAAUAUCUGGUCUCGGAGUUAACUACCAUAAGAGUAAACUAAUCGGGAUAAACGUUAAUCGGAAUAUUUUGAAUGCGGCGGCCAACUUUCUCGCUUGCUCUACCGAAGAGGACUGUUUUACUUUUCUUGGGAUUCCUAUCGGCUGCAAUCCGAGGAGGAUUUCUGUUUGGGCUCCCUUAGUCAAUAAGCUAAAGAAAAGGUUAAGUAAUUGGAAAGGGAGAUUUCUGAGACUGGGAGGCAGGAUAACGUUGUUGAAGUCUGUCUUGAGCAGCUUACACAUCUUUCACAUGUCUUUUUAUCGGGCACCUGUGCAAGUUUGUAAGGAGAUAACAAGGUUACAAAAUAGAUUCUUGUGGAGUGGUCUGGAGGAGAAUAGGAAGAUAAGUUGGGUUAGAUGGGAAAAUUUGUGUCUGCCGAUGAACAGGGGCGGAUUGGGGGUGAAGUUAACAGAGGAAUUUAACAUCUCUCUACUGUUAAAAUGGAAAUGGCGUUUAUUCUGUGAGGUUGACUCGAUGUGGGUAAAUAUAUUGAAAGCUAGGUACGGUUUCAACAGCACUUUACUUGGUUUUUCAGGAAAUCAUAGCAGGUCUGCAUCAAUAUGGUGGAAAGAUAUAUCUCGGUUGGAGUUUAGACAUGAAGAAGGGUCUUUCGCCAGUAAUUGCAGAUUUGCUAUUGGAGCAGGCAACCGAAUUCUGUUCUGGCAAGUCAUUUGGAGUGGUGAGACUUCCUUGAGAUCUAGGUUUCCAGUUUUAUAUGCUUUGUCGAGUAUGAAAAACGAUACUGUUAGAAAUAUGGGGGAGUGGGAUGGGGAGAUUUGGAGAUGGGGAAAUUUGGGAAUUCAGGUUAUGGAUACCACAGUACUGCAGGUUCAGAUUUUGGAGUUACUGGAAUUAUUGAGAUCGGUCAGUCUAGAUAGAGGGAAGGAGGAUACAGUAGUGUGGCAGGCGGCGGCGGAAGGGACCUAUUCGGUUAGAUCGGGUUAUGAACUAAUCACUGAACAACGAUUGGGCUCAAUUUACGAUCCGGCAAGAGAGAAGGCCUUGGGCCUGGUUUGGAAAGCUGUCGUUCCUUUCAAAUUCAAAGCCUUUGCUUGGAUAGUGAUUAUAAACAGGCUUCCUUCCAAAGAUUUGCUAUCGAUUAGAGGUUUGUUUUUUGAUUUUUCCGACCGUAUGUGUGUUUACUGUAAAGAGGAAGAGGAGACCCUGCAUCAUAUUUUGUUUGGAUGCAGGAUAGCUAAGGAAAUUUGGAGAUUUAUUUUAGGGUGGAUCGGAAUAGAUGUCGAUAUUGGAUAUAGUAUUUGGGAAAAUUAUCUUACUUUGUUUAAUGCUUUUAGAUCUAACAGAGUUAGGAAGGGAGCUGAAAGUCUCGUUUGGUUAGGGGUGUGUUGGUGUAUAUGGAGCAGGAGGAAUAUGGUGAUUUUCAGGUCGGAAAAAUGGGAUAUUUCUGAUAUAAUUUGGAGCAUUCAAGUUAUAGUUUGGAAGUGGUCAAAUUUUGGAGAAAUUAGGUUUUCCAAUUACAAUUUCUAUGAGCUUUGCAAGGAUCCUUUGCAUUAUUUAAGAUAG